AUGGUUUUUAAGAAGAAGACCAACGAAGAAGUGGUUAAUAAUUCAGAUGAAGAGGUAUUUCUUCUGGUAAUACCUUCUGGCAGUCAUUUCUUCUUUCUGAAAUAUCUGUUCCUAUGUUCGGUAAUAACAUUGAUUAUAGGAUCGGGUGUUUUAUUUGGACUAUCCAUCGAUAGGUUAGCUAAUAUAUCCGAUAAUAUUGAUAGUAUUGAACGUUUCGGUAUCAACGAGUUGGCCGCCAAACGUACCGAAAAACUACAACAACAAAAAUCGUCAUCAAUCUUAUCAUUAAUCAUCAAUUCAUUGAUUAUACUGUCGUCACUGUUUGGUAUCGUAUCCAUACUCAGAGACAACUUCCUACAGAUACUCAUCUACUGUGUGGUCAACACUACUGUCCUGUUUGUCGGUCUAAUCCUAUUAGGCGGCGAACAAACCAAAGCGGCACUGGUUUUACUACAGAUAGCCGUCACCGGGUUUGCCAUCACUUAUACACUGAGUAUUUAUUGUCAAAUGAGAGCCGAAUUAAAGCGAAAGAAGAAGAAGAAGAAGUCGAUGAAGAAGUCGAGGAAUAAUUUAGACAAUAAUAAAAAGUUACCGAAAACUGUGUCCGAAAAAAAUAAUGAUAUAAAUGGCCAGUCGUUAGCCAAUGCCAAUGGACUGGUAGUCGGUAUGAAUGGCAACGACCAAACCUAUCAACGAUACGAUGAUAUUAUUAACAGUGGUUUCAAUGAUAGUCUAAGUAUUUCAGAUAAUAAUCCAGAUUUUAAUGAUAGUUUUGAUAGUGAUUUGAAAGAAAUUAAAGGAAUUAUUGUUUGA